CCUCCCAACUUGAUAUACACCAUAUACAAUACAUGGAACCCCCCAUGCAGCCAGCCGCCAUUUGCAACCACGCCAACCGCUGGAGUUCCCAGAAACUCCGCAAUAUCGUUCUUGUUUUUCAAAACCAAUUCUCGUUUUCUAUGCCACAAUUUCAUCCUUCCUUCUUUUUUCUCUCUAAGAUUUUCUUUUCCUCUUCCGAUUUUCCUGGAUUCCUCUUCUUAACUUUCCCAUCUGCCAUUUCGUUGACGAGAAAAAUUCAAGAAACCGCAUACUACAACGGCCGAACAGGUCCUUUUUUUCCUCCUUUCUAUAGUUUGAAUACGCUUCGUCUCCUUCCAGUUUGAGGUGUUUUAGGGUUUUCUGUAAAAAGUAUAAGGUUAAAGAUGAAAUUCGGUGAGACGUUCAUGGAGUAUUUACACGGUGAUCGAGAAUGGUUCUUGGAUAAAUGUUCGCAUGUUGAGUAUAAGCGUUUGAAGAAGGUUCUUAAGAGCUGUCGGACUUGCAGGCUUAAUGAUUCUUGUACUGAUGAAUGUGAAUGGAAAUCUUGCCCUUUGUGUGAUCAGUUGUUCUUUUCGGAGUUGAUGAGGGAAGCCUCGGAUAUUGCGGGAUGUUUCAACACGAGAGUUAGACAUCUUCUUCAUCUUCAUGUUGCUGGAGGAAUUGAGAGAUACAUGACGCGAUUGGUUCAUUGCUUUAAAAGUGAUCAAACAACGUUGAUACAAGAAGGUCGAAUGCUGAUUGAAUAUGUUACAAUGAAUGCUAUUGCUAUCAGAAAGAUUCUCAAGAAAUAUGAUAAGGUACACAGCUCUGUAAACGGAAAGAACUUUAAGUUGAAAAUGCGAGCUGAACAUAUGGAGCUUUUGCAAUCCCCUUGGCUUAUAGAAUUGGGUGCUUUUUGUUUGAAUUUUAAAGGAUCCGAGGAUGGAGAUUAUCCUUCGGGAUUCUCCACUCACUUUUUCUUCAAUGUCGAUGUCGCACCGACAAUGACAUUGAUGCUUCCAGAUUCUAUAAAGUUGGAAUACGAUCUUACUUGCCCUAUAUGCUUGGAAACAUUAUUUGAUCCAUAUGCUUUGGGUUGUGGACAUCUCUUCUGCAAAUCAUGUGUUUGUUUAGCUGCUUCAGUGAUGAUUUGCGAUGGACCGAAGACUGCCAGCAGGGAAUCUAAAUGCCCGGUUUGUAGAGAGAAUUUGUUUGACAUCUUGCUAUUUUCAUGGCCAUUUGUCAACAUCCUUCAGCUGUUUUCCCCCCAAAUGAAGAAACAGUUGCAUACUCUAAGGAAGGCUGGAGUAUAUCCUAAAGCAUUGCACAUGGUUGAACUGGAUAUGCUAUUGAAAAGAAGGUGUAAAGAUUACUGGAAGGAGAGGCUAGUGGAAGAACGAGCUAGAGUGCUGAAACAAACCAAAGAUUUCUGGGAUUCACAGACUAGAUAUGUGGUCGGGUACUAAAAUUUACACUACAGAAAACCCAUCUGAUAAUCACUCUUCAUUUUUUAACAUAACAGCUUCUACGUUUGGAGAAGUUGGUGGCAGCAAUUUGGCUUUUUGGAAUAACGUUUGGCUGUUGCCUUUUUUACACAAAGAAAAGGGAAAACAGGCGUGCAAAUACACAGGACUUCUUGGAGUAAGAAAGUAUUGACUUUGCCUUUGUUUUUUUUUUCUUUUUCUUUGUCUUUUUUUUUUUUUUCAAUUUUUAUUUUGUCAUUCUCCUUCUCCACACACGGGUUCGGAUUCGAAGAAUUUCUUUGACAUGAUUUUCUUAUUAAAAAAAAAACUUGGAUUGAUAGGGAAAGAAAAGUAAGGAAAAAAAGAAAAGAAAAGAAAAGAAACACCUUCUAGUCGUGCCUAAAAGUGUAAUGAUUUCAUGUGACAUUAAGUAGUGGAUUGUUUGGUGGUAUUUGUGUAAGGAUAAAGAAUCCUUGUUUUCCUAUUUCCUUAGUUAUAUUAAUUAAUAUUAAUAAAUCUUUGAAUGACUA